AUGAAGCGCGGAUUUCUCAACAAUAAGAAGGGCAAACAAACUAUCGACGCCUCUCCUAAGGUCAAUGCCGGAACCAAAUCCAACAAAAGGGGCGAACAAGCUAUCGACACCUCUCCUCAGGUCGAUACCGAACCCAAACCCAACACGAAGAACUUGACGCUUCCGCACGUCUCUCCAGAGCUUCUGAAGCAAACCGAAUGGAACGAUGAACCUGCUGGUUCCCUCGCUGACCUUUCUUCCGCUAUUACAGCCUCUCUGGAGGUCAAUACCGAUCCCAACACGAAGAACUUGACACUCUCGCAUGUCUCUCCAGAGCUUCUGAAGCAAAUCGAACUGAACGACAAACCUACUGGUCCCAAAGAGGAAUUCAAUCCCGUGGAUGCACGCAAAGUCACCGACUGGAAGAUGCGGACUGCUGAAGGCAAUGGAUCUAACUCGUUCUUCAGGAUGCCGUACGGUACUCAGCACAGCCUAGCAGGCGAGCUUCCCGAGGGCUACAGGCUUCCAUAUGUACAUGACGUGCGGUCCUUCAUGGAAGGCGACCAUGCGCUCAUUGGAAACAAAAGAAGCGAUGCGUCUUCAAAGAUCAUGUUCUUCACCACCCAACCUCAACCUCCCAGCCCCGGGAACGGAAACGAAAACACUCUCGACGACAGAUCGGAUGCCAACGACCGGUCAGAAUGCUACCUCUCCGACACGGACAAGCGUGCCCUCCUCGCUAUCAAGGGAUACCCGCAGCCCCUUCGCCCAAAUCCUUCCUCUAAAUCUCUAGCGUAUCGCAUCAGCCCCGCUGGCGAUCAUGGCAUGGGUAUGUUUGCGCGCCGUACGAUCCGGCAUGGAGAAUACAUCUGUACCGAGAGGCCGCUUCUCGUCAUGCCUAGUGCGAAUGGUAUCAUGGGUAACGUUUCGCCGGAAUUGGAUGCAAACAUGGCGUACGAGGAAAUGCAACGGAUCUUUCUGGCGGAGCUGGAGCAGGCGUUGGAGACUCUUUUGAAGCGCAUGACGCCGCAGCAGCAGACGGAAUAUUUAUCUUUGGCUAACUAUCAUGUCAAUGAUAGUAGCGGGCCCCUUACCGGCAGGCUGAGAACGAAUGGUUUGGGACUCGGCUCUGAGUUCCAGCACGGUUACAGCAAGUCAAAGACGGUCCCCUUCACUGGUGUCCCAUUCAACAUAAGCCGCGUGAACCACAGCUGUCACCCGAACGCCACCUGGAGCUUCGAUCUCCCGUCCUUCUCAUUCCACCUCCGAGCCGUCCGCCAAAUCGAAGAAGACGAAGAAAUCUGCAUCUCAUACAUCUACACCACAUCCGCCACCGCCGAACGUCAAGACCAUCUGGCCCCCUACGGAUUCCAAUGCACCUGUCUCUCCUGCCUGGACCCCGAAUCUGACAAUCGCCGUGCAAAAAUCCACCCUCCCCGCUUCGAGGUAUACGACCCUUCCAUCUCACGGCGGCCGCCUAUAAACCAAGAUCCCACGAAACAUAUGGAUCUGCUGAGACCGCAUCUCGAGAGCAAUAUCAAGGAGAGUUUGGAGCAGCUUGCGUUGAUCGAGAAGGAGGGGAUGUGGGAGCGUAAGGAGCAUAGGCAGUAUACUCGCCUUGUGGCGUAUAUGUAUGAGCUGUUGGGGGACACGGUGUUGUCCGAGUAUUAUAACUCGAAGAUGCCGGACGAGAAGGAGGGGUUCGACGGUGAGGAUUUCGAGGUGCGGUUUAGAUGA